GCGGCGGCUGCGCCGGGCUGUGUGUCUCUCGCCGCCGGAGGAAGAUGAGGCUGAAGAUCGGGUUCAUCUUACGCAGUUUGCUGGUGGUGGGGAGCUUCCUGGGGCUCGUGGUCCUCUGGUCUUCCCUGUCCUCGCGGCCCGACGACCCGAGCCCACGGAGCAGGAUGAGGGAAGACAGAGAUGUCAAUAACCCCAUGCCUAACCGAGGAGGCAAUGGACUAGCUCCUGGGGAUGACAGAUUCAAACCUGUGGUACCAUGGCCUCAUGUUGAAGGAGUAGAAGUGGACUUAGAGUCUAUUAGAAGAAAAAACAAGGCCAAAAAUGAACAGGAACGUCAUGUUGGCGGCGAUUCCCAAAAAGACAUAAUGCAGAGGCAGUACCUUACAUUUAAGCCUCAGACAUUCACCUACCAUGAUCCUGUGCUACGCCCAGGGGUCCUCGGGAACUUUGAACCCAAAGAACCUGAGCCUCACGGAGUGGUCGGAGGCCCUGGAGAGAAAGCCAAGCCAUUGGUUUUGGGACCAGAAUACAAACAAGCAGUUCAAGCCAGCAUUAAGGAGUUUGGAUUUAACAUGGUGGCAAGUGACAUGAUCUCACUGGACCGCAGCGUCAAUGACUUACGACAAGAAGAAUGCAAGUAUUGGCAUUAUGAUGAAAACCUGCUCACUUCCAGCGUCAUCAUUGUCUUCCAUAAUGAAGGAUGGUCAACUCUCAUGAGGACAGUCCAUAGUGUCAUCAAAAGAACACCAAGGAAGUAUUUAGCAGAAAUUGUGUUAAUUGAUGAUUUCAGCAAUAAAGAACACUUAAAAGAAAAACUGGAUGACUACAUAAAGCUGUGGAAUGGCCUUGUGAAAGUUUUUCGAAAUGAGAGGAGAGAGGGUUUAAUCCAGGCUCGAAGCAUCGGUGCACAGAAGGCUAAACUCGGACAGGUUUUGAUAUACCUUGAUGCCCACUGUGAGGUGGCAGUUAACUGGUAUGCUCCACUUGUAGCUCCCAUAUCUAAGGACAGAGCUACAUGUACUGUGCCUCUAAUAGAUUACAUAGACGGGAAUGAUUAUUCCAUUGAGCCACAGCAAGGUGGGGAUGAAGAUGGUUUUGCCAGAGGGGCCUGGGACUGGAGUUUGCUAUGGAAACGUAUUCCACUAAGCCACAAGGAAAAGGCCAAAAGAAAACAUAAAACUGAACCUUAUCGGUCUCCAGCUAUGGCUGGUGGAUUAUUUGCCAUUGAAAGAGAGUUCUUCUUCGAACUGGGUCUCUAUGAUCCUGGUCUCCAAAUCUGGGGUGGUGAAAACUUUGAAAUAUCAUACAAGAUCUGGCAGUGCGGUGGCAAAUUAUUAUUUGUCCCUUGUUCCCGUGUUGGGCACAUCUACCGUCUUGAGGGCUGGCAAGGAAAUCCUCCACCCCUGUAUGUUGGGUCUUCUCCAACUCUUAAGAAUUACGUUAGAGUUGUAGAAGUCUGGUGGGAUGAAUAUAAAGAAUAUUUCUAUGCUAGCCGUCCUGAGUCAAAGGCACUGCCCUAUGGAGAUAUAUCUGAGCUGAAGAAAUUUCGAGAAGAUCACAACUGCAAAAGUUUCAAAUGGUUUAUGGAAGAAAUAGCUUAUGACAUCACUGCCCACUACCCUUUGCCACCCAGAAAUGUUGAGUGGGGAGAAAUCCGAGGCCUUGAGACUGCAUACUGCAUUGAUAGCAUGGGGAAAACAAACGGAGGCUUCGUGGAACUUGGACCCUGCCAUAGGAUGGGCGGGAACCAGCUUUUCCGAAUCAAUGAAGCAAAUCAGCUCAUGCAAUAUGAUCAGUGUUUGACAAAAGGGCCGGAUGGAACCAAAGUCAUGAUAACACACUGUAACCUAAAUGAAUUUAAGGAAUGGCAGUACUUCAAGAACCUGCACAGGUUUUCUCACAUUCCUUCAGGCAAGUGCUUAGAUCGCUCAGAGGUCCUGCAUCAAGUGUUCAUCUCCAACUGUGACUCCGGUAAAACUACUCAGAAGUGGGAAAUGAAUAACAUUCAUAGUGUUUAAGAAGAAUCAAAGACGCCAACAAUCUACCUACUGACAAGGACACUUAGAGAGGACUGAAAACCGCCUGGAACCUGCUGCAACCAGUAUCAUCAGUUCUGUCCAGCUCCAAACUUGGAAGCUCUCAAUCGGUUGGAAGGAUAUUGAUAAACUGUGAUUUUACAAUAACAUUAUCAUCUGCAGUUACUGUUUACAAAACUGCUUUUACCUUAAACUCUGUAGAUGUUUACAUCGUUUGUUUCGUUUUAUGAUGAUGUUGGUAAUCUGUGCCUUUAACUCGGUUUCCAGACUGAGUUAAAGCAUAUGUUGUCUUCUUUGGGAAUACACUCAGGGGUCUGAAAGGCAGUUUGGUUUUUUUUGUUGUUGUUGUUUUUUAACACACUUGAAAAAAAAAAAAAAAAAGGAAAGGUUGGAGUAACCAGACUUUCAUAUAUGACUUGGUGGUUAUCAACCUGCUGUGUCUUUAUUUAAUUUUACAUCUUCUGGAAGCACCGCCAUGGGCUGUUAGCCACGGUGGCCUUCUUUCAGUCGUGCUGCUUGUUUGAAAGGUGAAUUUCAACACAUUUAGUGCCUCUUUCAUUUCUCACUAUAUUUUUGAGAGCUUCUAGUGAAAUCUAUGAUGGUAGCAGUGGGUGGACUGUCACCUGUGUGAGAAAUGCGUCUGUUACUCAGACAUGGAUUUCUGGGCUGCCAGUGGCUCCCAAGUGGAAUGUGGUAUAGCUGCAACAAGAAUGACAGUGGGGACCAUCUCAAGGCCAUUGCAUAGGGCUUGAAGAUUCUGGGGCAUUAACCCCCUUGCCUGCUAGUAUUCUCAGUGCCCUUUGUUCACACCAACUUCUAGGCUAGCAAAGGGGUCUUCCUGCUAAAGAAAAAUUGGCCACGUAUAUUUUGCAUCCACUUUCCCCAGUAUCUUUCACUAUAGAAAACUAGAAAUAAUUCUCAGUUUCAAAGUUGAAAAGGGGAUUGAGGACAGGGUAACAACACAAUAAAGCCCUAGUGUGAACAACUUCAAAGUUGGUUCUGAGGUAAGAAUUCUCAAGCCCUUGAUAGAUAGAAGCCUUAGAAAACUGCAGUGCAGCGAAAGCUGUGAAACCAAGAUGAGUUGACACUUCAUUUGUCUUCAUUCAAAUGAAACUCCAUGCAUAUUUUUUUUUAAUUUAGGAAAAUUAGUAUCUAAUUUUCUACUCUUAGAUCUUAUUAUCUAAGAAUACAGAUCAUCAACAAAUGUGAACUAUGAUCUGCUAAGUUAGAUGUUAGUUCUGUAGGGCUCCAUAAUUUCAUUUUUAGGAAAUAUAAUUUUCUUUAAUAUUCACCAGUAAAAAGAAGAUGUAACUUGAACAUUUGUUAAAACAAUACCUACUUUAAGAACCAAAUGUUGCAAACUUUAAUAGGAAGUCUAUUAACCCCCAAAAUUAAAAUGUCUACACUGAGUGCCAAAAAGGAAAGAGAAGAAAAAAAACAAUGUGAUAAGAGGGGGACAAGUAAAUUAAGCAUUUUUGAUCUUGUAAUCAUGGUAUCAAUGAAAAAAAUUAACAAACUACUGCCAGAAGGAAAUUUUUUCAUUAAAGCUUAAAAAAGGAAAAGAAAAAAAAAAGCCUACAUUUGUUUAGAAUAGCUUACAAUUUUUCUUCCAACCUUAGUUCUUUAAUUUGGACAAUAAAAAUUAAACAUCCUGAAAUAGUUUUAUUUAUAAUUUUGAAUUAUCAGUUUGUAUUUUGCUACUGAUCUGUGAUCAACUAUUUAAACUUUCAUCUCUAGAGAUAUUUAAAAAAAGAAAUGCAUUUAUAUGCUUAUAUAAUUGCAAAUAAAUCCACUAUAAAAAAGGAAACUAAGAGAAUUACUUGUGUUUGAAAUUGACACCAUUUUUUCCAUGUUAAAUAGAUUUUAACCUUAUAUCUAUGCAUAGGCAAAGAAAGAUGGCACACGAACUGUGCAUGUAAUUUUAUGGGUAAAUUGUUUUAGUACAGUUCGUUAGGAUACUGUAUGAACAUGAUUCUAUAUAUUGAAAUCAGAAACCUUACCACACAUGACAACAUCAGAAGCUGCCGCCAUAAUAACUAUUUUGUACUUCAGGCCGCUUUGGAAAUAAUCCCCAUAUCCUUGCUUUGUAAGUUGAUAAUAUCACUAUGCAUUUCUACACAUUUUAUAAAUUUGAUUUAUGCAGAUUUUGAUACACUGUAUGUUUCUGUAGAAAUUGUACAAAUAUUCAGAAUUUUAUUAGGGUAAACUUGAGAAGCUUAUGUAUAUCUUAAUUCUGGGUUGCUUGUUUUUUAGGUGAAAAAAAUAAAAUAUUGUAUUUUAA